AUGAUCAGAGAGCCACUCUUGAACAGCAACCCAAGGGGUGGCAUAAGAGCCUUAUUUUUCAUCAUAGCAAAUGAGGCACUGGAAAGACUAGCAAGUUUUGGGCUAUCAACAAAUAUGAUAUUGUAUUUGACUGGAGAUUAUGGCAUGGAUGCUGCUGAUGGUGCCCAACUACUGUUCUUUUAUUCAGCUGCUGCAAGUUUCUUGCCGAUUCUUGGGGCUUUUCUUGCUGAUACUUACGUUGGUCGAUACCGGAUGAUCGGUUUUGGAUGUUUUGCUAGUGUUCUGGGAAUGGUUCUAUUAUGGUUGACAACAAUAAUUCGUGAAGCAGGGGCGUCUACCUGUUCACAAUUUAGUGGCAUAUGCAAUAAUGACGUAACGACACCACAACUUUUGCUUCUAUAUUCUUCUUUAGGCCUCAUGUCUAUCGGAGCUGGUGGCAUAAGAUCAUCCUCCUUGGCCUUUGGUGCUGAUCAAUUGAGCAAGAGAGACAACCUUAAACAUGCUGGAAUAUUCGAGAGCUUCUUCAGUUGGUACUAUGUAACAUCCUCGGCUUCAGUAUUUAUUGCCAUGACUUGCAUAGUAUACCUUCAAGAUUCAAUGGGGUGGAAGGUUGGUUUUGCAGUUCCUGUGGUGCUCAUGAUGCUGUCAACUCUUUCAUUCUUCGUGGCUUCUCCCAUUUAUGUCAAGUCAAAGGCUAAGGCAAAUUGGCUCAUCGGAUUUGCUCAUGUUCUCGUCGCUUCCUUUAGAAAGAGAAGCAUUGAAUUAUCAUCCCACCACAGGGAUGAGGUGUAUCACAAUAGGAAGGGAUCAGCACUUGUCGUGCCAAGUGAAACAUUAAGGUUUCUAAACAAAGCUUGUGUUAUUAAGAAUCCUGAAGAAGACUUAAUGCCAGAUGGAAGAGCUUCCGAUCCAUGGAGUCUUUGUACAGUAGAUGAAGUAGAAGAGUUAAAAGCACUAAUCAAGGUAAUCCCAAUAUGGUCGACAGGAAUCUUGAUGUCUGUAAAUGUAUGCCAGAACUCUUUCUUAAUACUCCAGGCAUCCACUAUGGACCGACAUAUCACUUCAAAAUUUGAAAUUCCUGCUGGAUCAUUCUAUGCAUUUCUGUUGCUCUCUUCAACAAUAUGGAUUGCUCUCUACGAUCGUGCAAUCAUCCCUCUAGCAUCAAAAGUCAUGGGGAAACCAACUCGUCUGGGCUUAAAACAAAGAAUAGGAAUUGGAAUUCUGUUAUCUUCUGCUUCCAUGACAGUAUUGGCAAUCACAGAAAGGAUUCGACGAGAAACUGCAAUCAGGGAAGGAAUUUCAGAUAUUCCUGACGCGGUUAUGCACAUGUCUGCAAUGUGGUUAUUGCCAUUUUAUUUCCUACUUGGAUUUGCUGAGGCUAUGAAUGGUGUUGCACAGAAUGAGUUCUAUUACACUGAAUUGCCUAAAAGCAUGUCUAGUGUAGCCUCCAAUCUUGUUGGUAUUGCACUGUCUGCUGCAAGCUUGGUAGCCAGUUUUAUAGUAAGUAUUGUUCGUGGCUUUGUUAGCGGAGAAAAUCAAGAAAAUUGGAUUUCAAGCAACAUCAACAAAGGGCAUUAUGAUUACUAUUAUUGGCUUCUUGCUAGUUUGGGCUUUUGUAACUUCAUCUAUUAUCUUGCUUGUGGCAAGGCUUAUGGUCCUUGUAAGGGAGAAGGGAGGGGCAUUGCCGCAGAUGAUAGGGGAGGAUUGAUUGAUGACGACGACAAUUAUAGUAGUUAA